UUCUUGCAGCCAGCUUUUGUUUACAAAAUUUGCCACCAUCGCGCUCGGAAGCAUCUGUUUUCUCUCGAAUUUGUGAAUCAUUUUCUCAACUUUACGCUUGACCGCAUUCUUCCGGCACGCAACAUGUCCUACCAGCUGUACCGCAACACGACCCUCGGCAACACCCUGCAGGAAACGCUGGACGAGCUGAUUCAGUACGGUCAAAUCACGCCCGCCCUGGCCGUCCGCGUGCUCGUCCAGUUCGACAAAUCCAUCAACGCGGCCCUCUCGAACCGGGUCAAGUCCCGGGUGACUUUCAAGGCGGCCAAGCUGAACACGUACCGGUUCUGUGACAACGUUUGGACGCUGAUGCUGAACCAGGUCGAGUUCCGGGAGGUGCACGAAUUUGCCAAGGUGGACAAGGUCAAGAUCGUGGCGUGUGACGGCAAAAGUGAGUUACCUCAACGCGAAUGACGAGCUCGGGAGGACCGAUCGAUAGAAGUGCGGAGUCUUGUUUUAUUUUUUUGUUGUCUUUCCGACAUCUUCAUGCGUAUUCUUUUAUGUGGGUUGUUUUUUCUUUAGCUUUAGAGCGUAAGCACAUAAUGCCCCAACACCCUUGCGUUAGAAAUCCUAAAUAGGGAGACUGGUCGAAGUGAAUUUGACGUACCCAAACAGACACGAGUUUGACGUAUCCAAACGAGCAUUUGCCUUUACGCCCAGCAAAACUUAUUAGUGUUGCCAAGCUCAAAACAUACGUUGCCAGAUCGAUUUAGCAAACUUAGACCAGUCUCCCUAUUAAGGGUCUCUACCUUGCGUCCCUUAUGGGACACUCCACCCAAAAAGAUAGUUUAUAACAAAUUACAUAAAUCAGACGAAAUAAACGAUUCAAAGUGACCAAA